CAAAAAGAGUCGGCGAAAAAAAUAUAAAAGAGCGACCCAGAGAGAGAGAGAGAAGGUGAGAAAGAUUUGAUUUUGAUUUCUCUUUUCAAGGCAAAAAAGAAUUUACAAGAGAGAUAAUUUCUAGGGUUUUUGUACUUCUCGCUCGCUAGGUUUUUCUAAAGAGAUUUUUCCCCAAUAUGGAUUCGAUGGUUAAUCAGAAGACGGUUUUGGCUGUGACGGAUGAUGUUGUGUUGCCUGUUAGCUCUGUUCUUACUGUUAUGGAACAGCUUGGAAAGGAGCGUUUUGAUCCUCUGAUUAUUACCCAAGCAUCCACAAUAAAUCAGUUUCCUUUGGAUUCUUCAUCAGUGGACGCUGUUUUAGCAAUUUCCAAAACAUCUGAUUUUCCUAGUGACAAAAUAUGUGGUGAGUUCUCGAGGAUCUUGAAGCCUGGUGGCACGGUUUUUGUGUGCAAGAAUUUGGAGGGUCAACUGGAAGAUAUGCAACAGACCAUUCAAAAAAGAGUGACGUUGGCUGGUUUUCUGGAGCCACAGUGUGUUGAUUUGAAAUCAAUUAAGUUGUCUACGUUCAGUUUAUCCUUUGGGAUCAAGGCAAAGAAACCUUCUUGGAAAAUUGGUUCAUCAUUUGCUCUCAAAAAGCCUGCAAAAGUUCUCUUGAAGGUUAAUCUAGAUGAUGACUUGGAUCUUAUUGAUGAAGAUUCUCUUUUAACAGAGGAGGACUUGAAGAAGCCACAGCUUCCUGUUGCCAGCGGUUGUGCGACCACCAAAAAAGCUUGCAAGAACUGCGUCUGUGGUAGAGCUGAGAUUGAGGAGAAAGCUGUGAAGCUGGGCCUCACAGAUGAUCAAAUCGAGAAUCCACAAUCAGCAUGUGGCAGUUGUGGGCUCGGUGAUGCCUUCCGCUGCGGUACAUGCCCUUACAAGGGUCUGCCAGCCUUCAAAUUAGGCGAGAAGGUAACCCUAUCUCGAAACUUCCUUGAAGCGGACAUAUAAGCAUGUGAAAGGUGUUUCUUCAUAUCGAGGCCAAAACCGUUUGCUAAUCGCAGAGUAGUUUCAUUAUUUACUUCGUGCCCUUUCGUAUAAUUUGUUUGUUGCUACUUCUUUUAUUUUGUGGCUCUAAAGGCUUAUAGAAAAUUGUUGGUGUUUGCCCAUAAAGCACAAACCUUGGUACUAUUAAAGAACAGUUUUGCAUUUGGUUAAAUAAUUAUUUGUCUUUAUUGGCUUGGACCUU